AUGUCCGCCAUCACGGUUACGAACGUGGCGCCGAGCGCGGAGGAGUCGAACCUUCGAGAGUUUUUCAGCACGGCUGGGGAGAUCGAGCGCGUGCGCAUCUUCGACGGGAGCGCUAAGACGGGCGGACGACGCGCAGUGAUUGAGUUCACGCAUAAAGAGGCGGUGAGCGCGGCGGUGCUGCUAAACGGAUGCCUGUUACUAAAUCAUCCGUUGAACAUCGUUGAGUGCGCGUAUCCGGUCUCGGAUGACGUCGCGAACGAGGACGUGAAGCUGAACACCUUCGAGAGCAAGUUUGCCGGCUUUCUCGGUAAGACGCUCUUGGCGGGCAAGCAGGCGCUUGAAGCGGUGAAAGAUUUCGACGAGAGGAAUCAGAUCACAGCGAAGACAAAGCAAAACAUCAAGGCGUUGGAUGACAAGCUUCAGUUUACCGCGAAUGUGAAGAAGUUUGAUGAAAAGGCUGGCGUAACGGAGGGUGUUAAAAAGACGGUGGCAACGGUGAACGCUCAGGCAAAGGAGAUCGAUCGAUCGCUGAAGAUCUCGGCGACGACGAACGCCGUGGUUGGAAUGGGCAAGGACGCCGCUGGUAUGGCGGUAAACAAAGCCAUGCAAAACAAGGUCAUUAGCGACGCCGCGGCCACUGUCAGCGACUUCAGUACUUCGGCGUCAAUCAAGAUGAAGACAGUCGCGGCGGAGGCGAAGGCAACGGCGAACAUCGGUGGGCCGACGGACAUUCAGUCGACGGAAACUUCUACGACAACGCAAACGCCGGCGGUGACCGAGACGCCCGCCGCGACGGAAGAACCAGUGUCUGCGUCCAUCUAA